GAUUAAUAACAAUAAACCAUGAAGUAAAUCUUACAAAAAUAUAAAAUACGAUUUAAAAAUUCCACUUUCAUUAACAUGUCUGCCCAUCUAAAGCAUUUGCACAAUUUAAGAAACAUCUUUUUGAAAUCGGUCGAAGCGGUGAGACCCAAAAAUCUUUUAUCGGCCGGCAAUAAUUAUAAUUUGGAACCUCGUCUGGAGGGUGGUAAAACAUGUAUACAAGUGCAGGGAAAAUAUGUAGAUAUAACAAAUAAAAAGUGUCAUGUGGUUGGUUUCGGCAAGGCGGUACUGGGUAUGGCUGUACAGCUGGAAAAGUCGCUGGGUGAGUUUUUGCACCAAGGAAUCUUAAGUGUACCCAAGGGUAUACAGCAACAGUUUGAGGGCAAUAAGGAAAUGUCUCUAAAAACAAAUUCUUUAAUACAAAUUUAUGAGGGAGCCGAGAAUAAUCAGCCGGAUGAAAAUGCUUUACAGGCAGCAAUGGACAUUAAAAAAUUAGCAGAAUCUAUGACCCAAGAAGAUGUUCUGUUUGUUUUAAUUUCGGGAGGUGGUUCAGCUUUAUUGCCCUUACCCAAACCUCCCCUACAAUUAGAGGAAAAAAUGCAGUUAAUUAAAAAACUUUCCAAUUGUGGGGCCUCCAUACAAGAAAUGAAUAUUGUGCGUAUAGCUCUAUCCGCUAUAAAGGGCGGACAAUUGGCUAUAGCUGCCUCUCAAGCCCAUGCCGUCAUCUCUUUUGUUAUCAGUGAUAUAGUGGGAGAUCCUGUAGAUCUCAUAGCUAGUGGACCCACCUGGUCAACGCAAACAAAGCACCUUAAAGCCGAGGAAAUAUUAAAAAAAUUUAACUUGUGGCAUGAAAUAGAAGAUCAUAUAAAGCAGUUAAUGCAAUGUGAAAAUAAAGUAGAGGCUCAACAAUUAAAAAAUAAUUCCAUUUAUGUGGUGGGAGAUAAUAGAGUGGCCACCUCAGCAGCGGUACAUGAGGCCUUAAAACUUAAUUACAAUCCUUUUAUAGCAUCUACCACAAUACAAGGAGAGGUUUCAUGCUUAGCUACUUUAUACUGUGAUUUUCUCAAAAACAUUUACGAUUUCAAGGAAGGUCUUAUAGAGGAAGCUGAAUUAAGCAAAAACUUUCCCUUUGAUUCCCGCACAUUUCAACAUUUUCUCAAAACUUUGCUAAUGUGUGAAAAAUCCCAAAAACCUUUGCUGCUAAUAAUGGCCGGAGAGCCUACUGUCAUGGUCUCUGGCUCUGGGGUAGGAGGUCGCAAUCAGGAAUUAGCCUUAAGACUUUCUCGUGAAUUCUAUCAACAGCCUCGUUUAAACAAUGUUUGUUUUCUUAGCGCCGGCACUGAUGGCAUUGAUGGUCCCUGUUCGGCGGCUGGUGCCAUGGCCAGCUCCCAAGUUGUUUUGGACUUUUUGAGUGAACAUUCUAAAACUCUAGAAAAUUUCAAUGAAUUUAUUAUGAAUAAUGAUUCUUAUAAUUUUUAUAAGCUUCUAAAUCAGGGUGAUUAUCAUGUUGUUACCGGCCAUACGGGCACAAAUGUUAUGGAUUUGCAUUUAUUAUUGGUUUUAUGAUUAAGUAAAAAGUGUUUUUAUUAGCAGGGAUUUUAUUUUAGAAUUAAUGAAUAGUUCGAACUUUUCUGAUGGAGAUUUAAUUUUGUAUAAACUAUAUAGAAAGUGCAAUAAAGAUAUGCAAAUGAUUUGAUA